GUUGGUCUUGGUAGAGGGAUCGACGCUCCGGGUGCCGCCUCUUUCAACUCAUUCUCCAACAAGAAGUCCUCCUUUCAUCGAUCCAACAUGACCUCGACGUCGGCCCAGCGCACGAUGCAGGUGCUCGCGAACGGCGACAUUGUCGACUGCGCGCGCCUGCCCAACUCGGCCCGCAACACGUUGUACAAGACCGAGCUCUGCAAGCACUUUACCGAAACCGGCACGUGUCGCUACGGCUCCAAGUGCCAGUUUGCCCAUGGCGAGGACGAGCUCCGCGGCGUGCUGCGCCACCCCAAAUACAAGACGACCAAGUGCAAGGCAUUCCUCGCCACCGGCAAGUGCAUGUACGGCGGCCGCUGCCGCUUCAUCCAUGACAGCUCGCCCGAGGAAGACAACAGCGACGACGAAGCCUACAGCAUGACGCGCGCCGAGCAGGACGCCGAAAACAUGAAGGGCCGCGGCCGCCCGAUCCCGCGCGUGAACCCGUCGCGCCACUUUUACAGCGAACCGGACGCCGAGGGCUCGAUCGACCUGAGCCGCUACUCGGCGGCGUUCAAGCUCCAGCCCGUCCACGCCUGCAGCUUCCCGCCCUUUGAGGAGACGCGCUUUGCGCGCAGAGAGUAUGGCUUCGGCGGCAGCGACACGUCGAGCGACCACACGCCGUCGAUGAGCGAUGAUGAGAGUACUCUCAGCUUGAUGCAGCUCAACCUCGGCAACAAUCAAAGCGACGACGACAUUAGUGCGGGCUCGCGGCUCUCGAUCUUUCAGCGCAUUUGCCGCGCGUCCGACUAACCUCUCGGCGCACUGUGGGGUCGCGACCCUAUUUAUCAUCCCCCUUUUUAUAAGCAUCCUCGAAGUUAGAGUAAACUAUCUAUCAAGUCGGCAACCAUAAGCAACAAUUGUAUAUUAAGUGUUCUCCUCA